AUGUCUGACGCCGUGGUGUCUCGCCUGCAGGAUAUGUGUCGCAGCUGUCUAGGAGCGGGAGACGUUGGGCGGCUGCGACGAAGCCUUGUCGUGUGUGUGUUUUUGUUUAUUUCCCCAGCAACGGGCGGUUUCCUUAUCGAUAGCGAAACCUCGUCCACUCAAACCGCGCGCGCAGGGAUCGAGUUGAAACGCCCUUUGCUCCUCGUCCCCGCCAUCAAGAAGGGCUGCCCCUUAAACACGGAUGGCCCUAUUUUCGCAGUGAAAUUUAUCCACAAGGAUUAUGCUGCUCGCCAUGGCCAUAUCACUGCGAAGCAGCUCCAGAUGGAGGUGGCGUUGCACAAGCAUAUUGGCAGCCAUGAAAACAUUAUAGCAUUCUACAACACAGGCGAGAAUGACAUCUGGAGAUGGAUUGCGAUGGAACUCGCAGAAGGUGGUGAUUUAUUCGACAAGAUCGAGGCGGACGAGGGUGUCGGUGAGGACAUCGCACACGUCUACUUCUCGCAGUUGGUUAGUGCGGUUGGAUUCAUGCAUUCCAAGGGGGUAGGACAUCGAGAUAUCAAACCUGAAAAUAUUCUACUUUCUGUGGACGGGAACCUGAAAAUUGCUGAUUUUGGGUUGGCUACACUAUUUGAGUAUGGGGGCAAGCUGAAAUUAAAUACCACGCUGUGUGGAAGUCCCCCCUACAUUGCUCCCGAAGUUAUUCGAUGCAGUAACCGGGGACACUCGAAGGGUGGGGGAUACAGAGCCGAUGUUGCAGAUACCUGGUCUUGCGGCAUUGUGCUAUUUGUUCUCCUCGUUGGAAAUACCCCCUGGGAUAGCCCUACGGACGAGAGCUUUGAGUUCUGUGACUAUGUAAAGUCAAACUCGAGGCCAUCGGACGAGCUGUGGAAUGGCAUCCCGUCAACUGCACUCUCGUUACUGCGUGGUAUGCUGAAGCUAGAUGUUACCAGUAGGUUCACGGUGGAGGAUAUCCGGAGACACCCGUGGUUUACACGGCGAAAUAAGCACCUCUCAGCAGACGGAAAGCUCUCCAAUCCAGUAAACCUUGCCACGACAAUGUUUGAAUCGUUGCACAUCGAUUUCACCAAGGAUCCACUGUCUUCUUCACAGUCUCAGUCCCAGUCUCAGUCACGGCCGACGGAUGCUGACCCCAUGAGCAUUGACACCGAUAUAAACGAUAACCUGAAACCCAGAUUUUCGGCUACCCAGCCCGAGAGUCCUAUGGAUGCCAGCCUCAUGGAUUGGGAUGGACCACCUCGACUGACAACUGGCCUCCAAUCGGCCUCCCAACCUCGAGAUGGGAUAACCACUGACCAGGCCAUUCUCCUUGCAGAACAGCUACUGGAAGAACCAUCAAUGUCGCAAUUUUGCGCGACACCCUCUGUCCCGCUUAGCCGAACCCAAAACGCACAGCGAUUCCAGGAUAUUGUUCCAGCAUCUGGCUUAACACGCUUCUUCUCUACCUGGCCUAUCAAGAUCUUGGUUCCUCGGAUCUGCGAAGCACUGCAGCUUCUACAUGUUCCCGCUGCGCCAAAGAUGUCUACAGAGUCUGUAUUGAUACGACUACGAACGUCUGAUGACAGGAAAUGCCCACUUCACGGCAACAUUUUAGUAGAGAUGGUGUCCGAGGGACUUGUCGAGGUUGAAUUUGUCAAGAUUAAAGGAGACCCGCUUGAGUGGCGUCGGUUCUUCAAGAAGAUUACUAUUUUAUGUAAGGAUGCAGUUAUGAAACCUGAUCAAUGA